AUGGCGGCUUCGUGGCCACCACCACCUGCAAGAGGGGUGAGUGCCCAUCACACUCCACACGCCAGCAAUGGCAACGAAACCGCCCCUUCCCUUCGCUCCCUCACGCACACACGUGAAGGAGAAGGACGAGACGGAUUAAGCGGCAUCUGCCCGACACCUCGGAGCGUUCCUUUUCGGCUGGAAAUAACUCACACCCACCCAGCGCGGCGGCCCUUCGCCGGCUCCUGCCGCAGCGCCCCGGCGGGCGGGCAGCGCCCCGGCUCUCGGGCAGCUCCUCCGGCUCGGGCUCGGGCCGAUUAUGUCGGCGGGUUUGCCCGUGCCCGAUCCCAGCCUGCCCGGCCCCCUCCUAACGAGGAGCAUCCCCCGCAGCAUCCGUGGCUGCGCUCGGCCAGGCCGGGGAUGCUCGCACCCCGAACCCCAUCCGAGCGCACCCCCGCCCCUCAGGGCUUCUCCACGGGCUCCAUCACAUCUCUCCUAGCACAGGCCAGGCUCUGGGGCCCCCUGCACGGGCACAUCUCCCCGUUCUGCCCCUCCAAAUACCCCCCUCUGCCCCCUCCGCCGUGCCCAUCGCGACCCCCCCACAACCCCGGCUUACCUAGGGGUUUCUCACAGCCUCUUCCUUCAGAAAGCGCCCGCAGCGGCCCCCGGGGCUCCGCGCUCGGCUCCGCGCCUUCCCCUCAGCCCCGGGAAAGCGGCCGGCGCGGCGCUCCGGCCUCGCUGGUGCGGGGGGAUCUACCCGGCUGCGCCUCCCGCGCCGCCCAGGCCCGGCCCCGCCGGCUCUCGCUGCCCCUGCGGCUGCCGCCCUCCCCGCCCGGCGCUCAGUUCGCCCCCAUUCCCGCCGCCCCCCCCGCGGCUCGCACUAAACUUCGCCCCCUCAGCUACGGGUCCCCUACGAGCAGGUCACACACGCGGCGGCGGCGACGGGGACUGAGCGCGGCGCGUCUCCCCCUCCUAAUGCCACAGGCUCGGAACCGGCUCAAACCGGUUCAGACUGGGAGAUUCCAUCUCGGUUUAGUUUUCAGCCCAUGGCGCCGCGGAGCGUUUGGAAACCUCGGGGGCCCCGCCCAUCCGCCGCUCCCAUUGGCCCCGGGAUGUGCCGCCGCGAAGGCGGCCGCCGCGCUGAUUGGUCGGGCGGGCUGUCAAUCCGCUGCGCGCCUCGGAUGGGCGGGGGGAGCGAGCGGCGGAGGGGGGGUUGAGCAGAGGGGACCCGCCCCCUCUCCAGCAGCGCUUUGCGCGCUAAGGGGGGGGCCACCGCUCCCCCAUAGGCCGAGCCGCGCUGUCACUCAGAGAGGCCCCGCCUCCGCGUCUGCAAAGCGCGGGCGCAGGCCUGGCCGCGCUCUCAUUGGCCGGCGGCGGUGGCGGCGUGACGCGCGCGCCUGA